GUGGUGGAAGCGCUUCGCUGCGAGGAGGAGCGGCGGUCGCGCCUCCCUCUCCUGUCCUCUCCCCGCCGUCCUGCUGUCGCGGCGCCAUGUCUGCCGAGAGUCCUGAGCCCGCCUCGGCCGAGGAGCAGAAGGAAAUGGAGGAUAAGGUCAUCAGUCCAGAAAAAGUUGAAGAAGCAAAAUUGAAAGCGAGAUAUCCUCAUCUGGGGCAGAAGCCAGGAGGCUCAGACUUCUUGAGGAAGAGGCUUCAAAAAGGACAAAAAUACUUUGAUUCUGGUGAUUACAACAUGGCUAAAGCAAAGAUGAAGAAUAAGCAACUGCCUACUGCAGCUCCUGACAAGACAGAAGUCACUGGUGACCAUAUUCCUACUCCACAGGAUCUUCCUCAGCGGAAACCGUCUCUUGUUGCUAGCAAGCUGGCGGGCUGAUGAAAACAGCUGAACUGCAUGAUUAUUCUCAUUCCUGUUAUUUCUCCUUAAUAGUUAUUUCUUACCCUGACAUCCCCUUUUUUCUUUCUUACACUAAGUCAUGAGACUGACAGCUUUGCAGGUAGCGAUAGCAUGUGCUGCUAUUGUAAGGGAGUACCGUUAAGAGUAAAACAUGUAGUGUUUGGACUAGUUGAGAACAAUGCACUGAUUAAAAAUGACACGUUUGGUUAGAGCAAUGUAAUCUACUUGAAAAUGUACAUAAUUGCCCAUUUCCUAGUGUAGGACUGGUUCCAGCAAGUGACAUCGCAAGUUUUACAACUUCUAAUGUUUCUGCUUUUGUUAUUUCAUCUUAAUUACAGCAUAUUUGUAUUUAAUAUAACCUCCAGUUGUGUUGGGUUUUUCUUCUGUGUUUGGGUUUGUUGUCUCAAAUAGAGGUUUAGACCACAAGUUGCUAGAUGGUGAAGCAUGUAUAAAAACAAAGACAGGGCUCUGAUUGAAUUUUGUUUCUGCUUUUGAACUUGAACGGCCUUAAACCUGUUUCAGCUUUAACAAUAGAGUUUUUACUUGGGCAAUAUUUGCCCAUUCUGGUGUAACUCUUGUGAAUUUAGUGCUUAUUGACAACUGCCUGUUGAAGCUGGUAUUCUCUUCAGUUCUGUAGCUUAGGACACACUUUUGUUGAAGAUGUGAAUGAAGUGUGCAUGU